AUGCAAUUCUGGGUUUGUUUUACUGAGCCAGAUAAGCUGCGGCAUUUUAACCCGCGCCACAGUACUCAGCCUUGUAACUGGCGCCCGUCCUCGCGGUCCCUAUAUGGUUCACUAGUGGAAAUGAAGCGGCACGCAUAUGUGAGCCAAAUUUCUGGCCGAAAGUCUGGCCACUCGAGGGUUCAUGCGGACGGCAGUUUAACGGAAUCAUAUAAAGAUGCAACUCAAAAUGCUUCUCAGCGUCCGCGGAAAUCUUUGCUUAAUCGCCCAUCUCCAGACAAUGGGCACUCACAACGUGAUUCAAGAAAAAACAGAACUCCUGGACGAAAUGCCGCCCCCCAGUUCUCGUUCGCGGGACGUGGAGACAAUGCAAUCAGCAAAUAUGCGGAGGCUCUGGCGGACUCUUCACGACGAUCGUUUACUAACCCACUUGGUGGAGUUGAUCCUGUACUUGCAGCUGCCGCUGCCGCUGCAGUCAUGAAUGCUGGUCUCAUUCCUCAAGCAGGUGCUGGCGGGCUGGCAAAUUUCAGCUCUGGCGGAAAUUCUUCUAAUUCCGCUGCGGCUGUCGCGGCAGUUGCAGCUGCAGCGAUGAAUGCCGCAGCAAUGGCUGCAGCUUUGGGCGUGGGCAACACAUCUAGCAAACAAGCAUCUCAACCAAGGAAACCUUCCAAUGCACCGCGUCUUUCUAACCGUCGUUCGGUAGAGUCCUCCAACGUAAGCGGUGCGCGCACAAAGCGUUUUGCAAACAGCCGUAAUUCUCGUGACUUACAUUCUAUCUCGGAAAGAGAGAGGGACGCCUCUCCAAAUCAGGGGCGCUUCCCUCACCAUCUAGAUCAUCGUAACCCCGAGGAUGAUCCCACUGCUACCAGAACCCUGUUUGUCGGUAACCUGAUGCCGGAGAUUACAGAGGAAGACUUACGCAGUCUGUUUGAAAGGUACGGUUUUAUCGAGGAUAUCGAUAUCAAACGCCGUGACCCAGGUUCCGGCAUUAACGCGUACGCGUUUAUCCGUUACGUUAACUUGGAUAUGGCUCAUCGAGCAAAGGUGGAUAUGUCUGGUCAGUUGAUUGGUCAGUUCACAUGCAAAAUCGGUUAUGGAAAGGUGGUACCCACUCGUUGCCUGUGGAUAGGUGGAUUAGGACCAUGGAUCACCUACCCCGAGUUUGCAAACUUACUGGAAGAAUUUGGACCAACAGAGAAAAUUAUAUGGCCAUCUGGAAAAAACUACGCGCAUGUGCUUUUUCACAGCGUCGAGUUAGCAAUUACUGCUGCUGAUGCACUUCGUGGAUAUCCUCUCGGUGGUGUUGCUAGAAGAAUACGUGUUGAUUUUACAGACGAGGCUCAUAUGAUCCGGGAUCCAUUGAAACGCCGUCGCCUAAAUGACUCUGCUUCACUGAUAGACGUUGGUCCUCUGGGACACAGGGGUCAAUUUCACUCCCGAAUGGAUAGAGAGGAUGAUCCUAGACCCGUUGAGCGUAGUCGAGGUAAACGUGAAUACACUGCUGACAGUGAUGAAGUCCGAGACAAGUCUGCUCUCUUUUCUUCACUCGUGAAAGCCGAUUCGUUAAAGAAAACCGCGCGAUCCAGCCGUGAUUUGUUGGUUGCAAAACGCAGAGCUCGUGCUACGACUCCCGAUGAAGAUUCAGAGCGUCCAAUUAACUCAAAAGCUCCCAGAUCCCCUAGGCAUUCUCAUUUAGAUCGUUUGACUCUUUCAAGUAAACCCGUGUCUCCACAAACUGCCACAAACAUAGAGCAGCUUGCUUCCUGCCUUCAAACUGCUUGGGAUGGAGUAUUUUUCCUCAAAUCGAGUAGUUUUCCAUGCCGAAUGCACAUACUUCGUGGCGAUAAGAGUCUGGUUGACCAGUUCAUGUCCUCCCGAGCUCAGUCAUUUUCCAAAAGGGAUUCGAGUUUGUCUCACUCAGGAAACUCAGCAGCAAUCUUCCCUGGGAUGUCUGGCAGCACUUCUGGUGGUAAUGAAAAAUCAGCCAACGAAUCUGGUGCUUCAGUGUGUUUGCGCAUUACGCAGCGCAUGAAAUUAGAUCCAGUCAAAUUGGAGGAUGUAAACCAGCGAAUCAACACGGCCGGAAAUUCGGGAUUCUGUGUAUUGUUGGCUGUCCCUUCACCGGGUUCUACUCCCACUGACCCGACGGAUAAACAACCCCAACGCCCACUUCGCAACCUGAUAUCCUACCUGCGCACGAAAGAUUCCGCCGGUGUUGUUUUACUAAACCCGCUAUGCGUCGGUCCGGGUAGUAAUGAUCCACAGUCGGUGACUGGGGUCCUCCACGCAUUUCCACCCUGUGAUUUCGCAUUUGAGUUGCUCAAGGAGCGUGCAGUUUGUCUGCAGAAGGAGUACACCAGAGAUGAUCAUCUUGUUGUUCUCCUAAUUCGCAGCACUGGCACAAUGUGAUUUCAUCGGCGGACUAUUAGUAUCAUCAUUCUCAUUCCAGUUAUCGUUUUCACUUACCGUCGUGUUUGUCCAAUAUCGAUAACCCAUUUUUGAACCUGACUCUCAUUAUCUGAGCAUUUACUUGACACUACUUCGUGCGCCUAUUGAAGUGAAAUACGAUAGAACCAUAUCUCAAUUGAUC